UCUGCGAGGAUCACCAAAAAAAGGCGGGAAAGUUCUGGCAGAUUUCUGGAAUUCUCCAUGUCUGCGUUGCAGGCAUUAUAUUUGACUUUUGUUUUUUCACACCGAACCACUUUUGUGGGCGCAGACGGACGUCUAUCGCCCGGGGAGAGUGUCAGUGCGGCAGUACAGCGGGCCGCCAGCUGCGGACGCCGCUCAGGUCAGAUGGAUGUAAGACGGAUGAGCUCCGUCCCCCGUCAGGGAGGAGUCACCCCGGCUCAUUAACCAAAGCGCGCUCCCGCGCCUCGCCUCCGCGCCCCCGCGAGUCCCCAGCAGCUCGCUCGUCCGCUCUGCAGGAUAACACGGUACCUGUAGGACUGGAACUGUAGAGUACACAGGAGUAGGACAGCAGUGCAAAAAUUACUGGUCCCGCUGCUUGAAAAAAGCCUUUGCAGAGUGUUUUUCAGCUGAAACACCCAGCGUGUUUUGUGAUAUUCCAGCGCAGUGUGAAAGCCACCCCGUACAAGAUCUCCAUGGAUGAAGACUUUGACCGACGCAGAGAGAUGCGGAGGCAGAAACGUGAGGAAAUGCGCCUGGAAGCAGAGAGGAUGUGCUUCCAGCGAAUUGAUGACGACGAAGAAGAAGCGGCUCGAGAGCGUCGUCGUAGGGCCAGGCAGGAGAGGCUGCGGAACAAGGACUUAGAGGAGCCUGUCACUGUGGAGACAGAGAGCGUUGCAUUUCAUGGCAACAGCGUCACAGAGAGGGAGACACCUGCCAGCCAGGGCGAGGAUGAACAGGCCCUCCUGGAGCGGCUGACUAAGCGAGAGGAGCGGCGGCAGCGCAGGAUGAAGGAGGCACUGGAGAGGCAGCGGGAGGAUGGCAUAGAGUCCAUUCCUGCUGAUGCCUCCACAAGGGGACACCGGGGUUGGCAUCGCGAUGCGGAGGAAGAUGGGGACAGGGAGCUGGCUCGCUCGAGGCCUGCCAUGGAGGAGGAGGAGGAGCAAGUAACCCCCAAGGAGGAAGAGGUGGCACCUAAAGAUCUUACAGUGGAGGUCCAGGGACCUAAAGAAGCGGAGUUAGAAGAUGAGCAAGAGGAGAAGGUCGUGGAGGAGAAACCAAGGAGGUCCUACCUGAGAGAACAGGAAUCUGUAGAAGAAAAACCAUGGAGAUCAUACAUGAGGACUGAGGAAGAGGUAGUGGAAUCGCCUUUCAUGUCAAAUAAAGAGUUAGACGAACAACCUCUGAUUUCAGACAAAGAGACAGAAGAAAAUAUGUUAGAGAAAGAGGUGGAAGAAGAAGGAGCAGUUGUUUCAGACAAAGAUGUGGGAGAGAAACCUAUAAGGCCAGAUGAGGAGGUUGAGGAGCCCCCCUUAAACAUACAGAAAGCAUCUGAAGAGUGGUCUGUGAUAUCAAAGAUAGAGGCUGAAGAGGAGAAAACAUUUAUAUCGAAGACAGAGGUAGAAGAAACUCUAGUGGAAGAGGUUGAAGAACAACCCAGAAUGUCCAGAAAGAAGGAGGUCACUGAAGAGAAGCCAAGAAGUUCUCUUUUUACAGAACAGACUGGUGAGAGGAAGCCAGUGAGGGAGGCAGAAGCUGUUCAGCGCCGAAUGGAGAACGCUCCACAGGCAACACAUGAGAACGGGAGUCUUCAUGAUGACUCCAUGGCCAAACACCAAAAACCAGAGAGGACCUCCAGCCGCGGCAGCAUGCGUGCAGCUGAGGUGGAGGAACAGGACGAUGCAGCGCGGCUAGAGGCAGAACGCAAGCUGGAGGAGCUGAAGCGCAGGCGGGAUGAGACUGAGAGUGAGGAGUUCCAGAGGAUGCGGCAGAAACAGCAGGAGGCUGAGGCAGAGCUGGAGGAGCUGAAGAGGAAGAGGGAGGAGAGGAGAAAGGUUCUAGAGGAGGAAGAGAGACUGAAGCAGCAGGAAUUGGCAGAGAAGAAGACCAAGGAAGAGGAGGAGAAGCGGAGGAUGAAGGAGGAGAUCGAAAGGAGGCGGGCAGAGGCUGCCGAAAAGCGGCAGAAAGUGGAAGACUCCCCGGAUGGAGAGCCCAGGAAGCCCUUCCAGUGCGUGGGCCCCAGGGGCGCCUCCCUGAAGAUUGGGGAAAGGGCGGAGUUCCUGAACAAGUCAGCCCAGAAGAGUGCUGUGAAGACAUCACACACCCCUGUUGUGUCCAAGAUUGACAAUAGGCUGGAGCAGUACACCACCGCUGUCCAGACCAACAAGGAGGUCAGAUCCUCAAAAUCGGCCGCCAUCGACCUGCCUGUGCUGACCGACGGCAUCCGUAACAUAAAGAGCAUGUGGGAGAAAGGGAAUGCUUUCAGCUCCUCUGGGGCCCCAGCAGCCACUAACAAGGACGCAGCUGGCAUGAAGAUCGGUGUGGCGGGACGCAUCAGUGACUGGCUCACCAAAGCUCCCGAGAGCAGCAGAACAGCGGGAGGGAAGCCCAUCGACCUGAGGCCAGGAGAUGUCACAAACAAGCGCAACCUAUGGGAGAACAAGAGCUCUGCCCCAAGCAAGGUAAACGUUGAGGGGAAGAGUAAAUCUGCCACUAAUGGAACAGAGCACUAACCACAAGGAACUUGAGAGAGCUGGAGCCAAUCAAACACCGGAUUCUCCCUGUUGCUAUGCAGACAUGGAAUACCAAACAGGGAAAAGGGAUAUCUCGUUGGGGGGGUGGUGGGUUGAACAAAAUGAAACAAAGAGGUAUAUGUGCACUGUAUUUAAAUCCCACCUUUUACACUUACACUGCCUUUGCACAGAUCUCUUCUUUAAUUAGAACAGGAUGCUGUGAAAGCUUAAAUAACAUCUUGUAGGUCUGAUUUAGCAUUAGAACAGCAAACGCAACUGAAACGUAAGAAAGCAAUUCAUCAUCCAUCUCGUGCAGAUUUUAUAUAUGUAGAAGGGGGUUCUGUGACGUGGAGCAGGGUUCCAGUAGCCAUGCCGAAGGAUGGUGCCAAACACAGGCAGUGCAGAAUUUACGCUGCCUCUUGUCCAAGUUACCUGUCUCGCACAAACCCUGUUGUUCAGGCAAAACUUCAGGCUGCAUUUUGAUUCUCUGUAGCUGGUAGUGGUACUGAUGUUAGUAGCUCACUAAGUACUUCAGGACACAAAUAUGACAUGCACACUUUUAACAGCAAAGCAAAGAUCUGGUAAAUACAUAAGUGUUAGGGCUGUUGUUUAGGACUGAGUUCUGCAGUAUAUACAGUUUAUGUCACAGCUUCAUAUUUCAUGCUUGCUCACUUUGUAUGCAGGUCUCAGAAGCCAUUAGACACAUUUACAGAAAACGGUAUAAAAACCUUGGAACUAUAAAGCAGUUAUUUUAUUUUUAUAUUUGAGUAGUUGUCGUUCCUUCUUGCUCAGAUACAUAUUGAGGAAAAAAAUGUCUUUCAGACAGAAAUCUUAUAACAAUGGUGUGUUUUUGCAUUUAUACAGUCUAUUCCUGCUUCUGUUUUGGCACAUGUUACAUAGCUCUGUAUGUUGUAGACAAAACAUGGGUAUUUCCCCAAAACCUAAAUCCACCAGAGGCACUCGGUGGUGUCACCUGGUACCUAAAAGAAAUAAACGAAUAAAUGAAUGUAUUGGCCAUGUUAGGUAUGGGAUGAAGGCUGCUCAAUAACAUCCUGUGUGCUCCUUGUUGUCAGAGCACGGCAGCAGCUGCAUGUAGUGAUGUUGCAGGAACAACGUCUUUCCCAGCUGUUCUCUUACCUCAGCACACCUGAGACACCCUUGAGUGGCUCUGAGGCACAAAGAAGUUACUCUCCCCAAGAUGGCCAGCAGGAGAGGACCACACCUGUUGUGGCUUCAUCUAGCACUUCCUCAGGGGCAACCCAGAACUUCAGUUCUCUGCAAAGGUGACAUCUGAAGGGUUGUCGUCUAAUGGUUUUCCCUAGGUGACUGAAUGCUGUUGCACUGCUCACAGAAACACAGCAUACUGACACGUUGCCAGCUAUCGUACCUCCAGCAAACCACACACAGCACAUGGAAAGUCCACAAGUUUAUGGCAAAGGAGGUUACAGUUUCCAUCAGGUAGGAUCAUGUCAAGGAAAUAAAUAUGAGAUUAUCUACAGCCAGGGUAAAAGAGUAAUUUACUCUAAUGCCCCAUGUACAAAAGAAAAAAAAUAGUAUGAUUAAAGAACUUUGGUGGAGAUAAAUCAUGGGGAAAAAACUUACAGCGAUAUGUAUUCCAUUUUUCUUUGGACACCUACAUUAAAGUAGAACUGUUUUCCAAAUAAAUAUUUGAAUAGAAAUAUGUUGGUAGAAGAUGUGUUAAAAAUGGUGUUGGAGAAAAGUCUGUUUACUGCACCUGCAUGGGUGUCUGCACUGUCUAAAAAGGUACCACAGUAAGGCCACAACUGAGUCGGAACCCCUCUACUUUGGCUGCAUCCAGAAGACGCAAAACAAGGCUCAUCUGUUUCUUUCGCGGUGUCAUUAUAGGACCAUGGUACUUUCCUGUCUCUUAUGUCCAGCUGCUACCGCUGUCAGCAGUUUCCUUCAUUCCAGGGUCCGUAUGCACAGUGAUCGUAAUGCUGAUGUGGGCACCUUCUCCAGUGUCAAAUAUAGGUGAUUCUAAUGUCCAGAGCACAUCUUUGACCGUAACGUGAUUGGUCGAAACCCAGACUGAGUCUCAGCAUUGUGCACAGUAACUGUCCUUCUCAUUUUGUUUUUAGAUGUUUUGAGCAAAGCAAUGCAAAUUGUGACUUUGCAGUACGCCUACAGCUUCUGUUACUGUGUAAACACUCCGGCUAUGUCUGUUUUAGCGGAUGGCUUCUUGCUAAAUUAAUAGUUAGCCAUUAUAUCAUUGAUUACAACCAAAAUAAAGAGCAAAAAGUCCAAAAGUGAUUUCUGUGUAGAUUUCUGUUAGUAUAACUCAUGCUUUGUAAGGUAAUAAGAUAAACACAGCUUGUGAUCUCCAUUAUGCACAGUCUAACAGCAGCGAGUGAAAG